AUGGGUGUACCGUUUGAGGCCUUACUCCCUUAUGGGAUUAUUGUUGGCUUAUUCGGAGUCACUGGUAUUGGCAUGACUCUCAUGGGGCGUCUCCAGAAUCAUGGGAAAAGGCCAAGACGCGGUAUUGAUACUUGGGAUAGACAAAGUAGGUGCCUUCGAUUCGAACUACCCGGACCUCUUUCGGCUGACACACCAACAGUGAUGGAGCGGGACUUACGGCUCACCGGUUCAUUACGAGGGCAAUCGGAUACACCUAUUGCACCUCCUGGAUUUGCUUUGAAUAGUCCAUGGAAGGUACGCAAAUCACCCACGGAUAUCAAAUCUGCGAAGGCGGAAAUCAAAAACUAA